UUAAAAUUACAACAUGCUGACCCGCAAGGCGGUGGCCAAAGACAUGGAAAACAAACUAAAGGCCACAUUACAGGAUUUAAAGGCUUCACAAUCCCUGUGUGAACAACUCUUGCUGGAGAGAGAGGAACAUGAACUUGAAAUCCAGAAAAUUAUAAAAAAGAACACAAGUUUGAAGGCCGAGCUAGCUGAACUCCACACUCAAUAUAUAGACAGCCAAAACAAGUGCACAGCCCUCCAAGACAUUGUUGACAGCUUCCAACAGUGUUCCAAUGACCACGAGAAGGCUCUCAGUCGUAUCGUUGAGCUGGAAUGCAGUUUAAUGGAGGUUCAAGAAGAUAACUCCAAGCGCCUAUGCACUUCAUCGAACAGUCUUCUUGGUGAACUGCUUGAAUGUGGACAGUUAAGUGGCUUUGAAAACAAUACAAAAAUCAAGCUAAAUUCACAUAAUAAAUUAAAAAAAUAUCUCAAAUUAAGUAGGUUCAUUAAACGCACUAAAUCAGUUAUGAGAAAUAGAUUUUCAUUAAAAAAUGUAGCACAAUUGCAAAUUAAAAAUAAUAGCCUUUUGAAAGAGUUAGAUAGAUAUCAUAGGGACUUAGAACAUUAUAAAAUGAUGUAUGAGGUAGAAACUACAGAACUUAAGGAGAAAAUAGACUCAUUAAAUGAUACAUUAUAUGACCUCAACCAAAAAUAUUCUGCUGCCCAGUUACAAAUUAAUGAACACAUAAAAGAGGCAGAUUAUAUAUUAAAGUUAAGCAAUGAAAAUAUAGAACGCUUCGAGUCUCUGACCAAUAACUAUGUAUGUAAGUGUUCCAUAAGUGACAAUGAGCAACCGUCGCCCCAUAAGACCAUUGACUGCACUAACAUACAUAGUAUUCAACCAACGGCAACACUUUCAUCUAGUAAAACAAAACAUCUUUCCAUGCAGGAAAUUAUUGUGUUGUCAGAUAAUAUAGGUCAGGGUUUUGGCGCUUUGCUUAACAACUUAGGGCAUAAAGUUACUAAUUUUUGCACUCCUAAUAGUUCAUUUACAUAUAUCAUGAAUUCAUUAGAUAAUUUUAGUUUUAAUGAAAAUAGUAUUGUUAUUAUAUUAUACGGAGAUAGUUUUAAUUUAAAAAAACAUGACAUUGAUAUAGGAUUUCAAAAAAUGUUAAAAAUUAGUGGUGAGACAAAAUGUAAAUUUAUGUUAUGUACAUUACCGUAUUUGCCUGGUUUGACACAAAAUUAAUAUAGGUUUAUCUAUAAUAUUAACUUGAAAUUGUAUAAUUUAACAAAUCAUCAUAGUGAUGCAUUUAUAUAUUUUGACUUAAAUUCCUGUAUAAAAUCUUUUUGUAUGACAAAGAAUACAGUGUAUCUGCCAUUUAGAUAUAAGAAAGAACUUGCUAUGUUAAUAGCAUAUAAAAUUAUUAACCAGUCUGGUACAUGUUCUGUAUCAGACCAUCGAUCUACUAUAAUUUUAUGUAGUAGUAAUUAUAUACACCAACCUAGGUUAAGUGUUGACAGGAAAUUUAGCCCUAAGC